AUGCAGACGAAGGAGAGCGCCAAGGCCGCGGCGCAGGCCGCCGUCGACGACGAGGUCUUCGAGGGCAAGGCCGCCGUGCUCCUGCGCGAGGAGCCGGGUUUACUGGAUGACGUCGGCGGCCUCUACAAGGGCCUGCUGGGCAACGUCUUCAAGGAGGCGCCGUCGUCGGCGCUCUACCUGGGGGUCUACGAGGUCUGCAAGACGGCGCUGCUCGGCACGGCCUUCGGCGCGGCGAACCCGCUGCUCGUCUACCUCCUGGCGGGCGGCGUCGGCGAGUUCUGCGGGUCCAUCAUCCGCGCGCCGUCCGAGGCCUGCAAGACGAUGACGCAGACGGGCAUCGCGGACGGCUUCGGCGACGCGCUCGCGUCGAUCGUCGCCGAGAAGAGCCGGCGGGACCAGGUGCUCCUCGCGUGGUCGUCGUCGCUCUACCGGGACGUGCCCAUGGGCGCGAUCCAGAUCGCCAUCUUCGAGGGCCUCAAGACCUUCAUCCUCCAGUCGCCGGACAUCGUCUUCGACGUGAACACCUUGCAGGCCGAGGCGGCGCUCGGCGCGCUCGGCGGCGCGAUCGGCGCGUACGUGACGACGCCGACGGACGUCAUCACGACGCGCAUCAUCUCCGACGCGUCGGGCGCCACCGAGGGCCAGUCCGUGCUCGACCUGGGCCGGUCCAUCGUCGAGGACGGCGGGCCCUUCGCCCUGCUGGACGGCGCGGCGCAGCGCGUGCUCUACUGGGCGCCGGCCAUCGGCAUCUUCCUCUCCUGCUACUGCUCCAUCCGCCAGUACGUCGCCUUCCACUUUACGUUCUAA